CAAUCCAUAAAUACCUCUUUUUCUCUUCUAACACUGAUCACCAUCUUCAAGAAAGGGGAUUUUUUUCCCGUUUCAAAUCCCUAAUUUUACAUUUUCAGGUUCACUUACCAAAAAAACAAAGGUAUUUGUUUGAUUUCCAUCAAGAAUUUCCAGGAAAGAUCCAACCUUCCAUAGUUUUCAGAGCCAAAGGUUGGGUCUUUUUUCCUAUAAAGGCCUUUCUUGGGUCUUUCAAGCUUUGGUAAUGGACUCUGUGACGUCUUAUUGGUGCUAUCGCUGCCGCCGAGUCGUCAGAGCUCCUUCUGCGGACUCCGUCUUGUGCUCCGACUGCGGUGGUGGCUUCGUUGAGGAGGUUGAGACCCCUCUAUCUGCUGAUGAAGCCCCUCGCCGCCGCCGUCGCCACGAGAACCUCGCCUCUGACUCUGUCUCUAACGUUGACGUGCGGCUUCGCCGCAACCGACGUGGAUCCGGUGGCGACCGAUCUCCGUUUAACCCUGUCAUCGUCCUCCGUGGCCCCGGUGAUGGUGGAGGCGACGGCGACAUCUCCCCGACCAGAAGCUUUGAGCUUUAUUAUGAUGAUGGGACGGGAUCUGGGCUCCGACCGAUGCCGUCUGGUGUGUCCGAUUUCUUGAUGGGAUCCGGGCUGGAGCGGUUGCUGGACCAGCUCGCGCAGUUUGGGAUCAGUGGCUUUGCCUCCGGGCGUGGGUGUGAGAAUCCGCCGGCGUCCAAGGCUGCGAUUGAAUCGAUGCCCACUAUUGAGAUCGCCGACGGCCACGUUAUUAUGGAAUCUCACUGCGCCGUCUGCAAGGAGGCGUUCAAGCUUGGGGAUGAUGCGAGGGAGAUGCCCUGCAAGCACAUCUACCAUCAAGAUUGCAUCUUGCCGUGGCUUUCUCUCAGAAACUCGUGUCCUGUUUGCCGGCAUGAGAUGCCCACCGAUGUCCGCUCAGGAGGUGGGGUGGAUGUCCAUGGAGAUGAGGAUAGUAACUCCAUUGUAGGGAACGAAGAAGAGAUGGUGGGACUAACAAUCUGGCGGCUUCCUGGCGGGGGAUUUGCCGUUGGGAGGUUCCCUGGGGGACGGCCGGCAGGGGAAAGGGAGCUUCCGGUUGUCUAUACAGAGAUGGAUGGUGGAUUCAAUGCCGGAGCUGGUGCUCCGAGAAGAAUCCUGUGGGCUUCUAGAGGGAACCAUUCAAGAGAGCAUGGUAGGAUUAGUGGAGCUUUUCGCAGUUUCUUCUCAUUUUUUAGACGCAUGAGAUCUUCAUCCUCGUCUAGACCGAGGUUGGAGUCUUCUGCAUCUUCGAAUUGGAGCCGUAGAAGAUCCUUUUUCAGUAGAAGUAGGCGAAUGGAAAGCAGCCGAUGGUAUUAAAAGAUAAAGCUCCAUGCAUUUACAAGGUGACAAUGCAUGAAGUGGUAUGGAAAAAACAUUACAUUUUGUUGUGUAGGUUUGAAGUUUAUCUAUUAAUUCUAUAAGAUGUAAGCAUAAAUGUUUUAAGUUCUUGUUCUUCAAUUCUCCUAUGUAAAUAGCAAAUCUUUGGGAAAAAGUUCUAUUAUUUUCAUGAUUUUGUUGAUUUUGCAUUUUCUUGUAACUAGGAAUGUGGAGAUUUAAGGUAGUGCUGCUGCAUGAUGAAAAACCGAUGGAAAAUAUUCAGUUUUGUGUGUGAUUUGCAGAA